CUUCCUCCUGGCAGGAGGGACGGAAACUUUCGUGGAAAGCAUUUGUGCUGACGAAUGCUCCCAAGUCGGCACUUUGACUCCAGCCCUGCAGAGCCAGGGGCUCAGGAUCUGGGGCCUCUCCUCCGCAGGGUCAGGACCUCCGCCCGGCUCCUCCCCGGCUCUCUCUGCCCACCAUCAGCCAUGGGCUCUCCGGUGACCCCAAGCGACUGUUCCACCUCUGGAGCAAUAACCGACUCCCAUACUUUUCCCCAGGCCCUCCCCCCUUUUAUUCUACAUUUUCCUCCCCCUUUCCAGCGUGUGGUCUGCAUGGGGCUCGGCGGAGUUGAAAGUCUAGAGCCUUUGGCUGUUUUGUUUAAGACCUGGUUAUGGUUGUGGGAAUUUUUUUUUUUUUUUGUCAGCUGCCUGUUAUAUCAAUCACGGAGUCGGAUCUAUUUAUAGGUUGGGAGUACUGUGUCCUUAGUCACAAAGAGACACAGACAGGGGACUGUCAGCUGGUGUUGGAGGAGCUGAGCAGCGAGUCAUCAGCAACUGGAAGCACCUGAGGGGCAGACAUUCCACUCACCCCGUCCUCCCGGCCCCAGCAUGCUGCUGAACAGAAUGUCCGCGGACGACCGGCACCUGAGCUCCAGCUGCGGCUCCUUCAUCAAGACCGAGCCGUCCAGCCCGUCCUCGGGCAUCGAUGCCCUGAGCCACCACAGCCCCAGCGGCUCCUCGGACGCCAGCGGCGGCUUUGGCCUGGCCCUGGGCCCCCAAGCCAACGGUCUGGACUCGCCGCCCAUGUUUGUAGGCUCCGGGCUGGGAGGCACCCCGUGUCGCAAGAGCUACGAGGACUGUGGCAGCGUCAUCAUGGAGGACCCGGCCAUCAAGUGCGAGUUCAUGCUGAACGCCAUCCCCAAGCGCCUGUGCCUCGUGUGUGGGGACAUUGCCUCCGGCUACCACUACGGCGUGGCCUCCUGCGAGGCCUGCAAGGCCUUCUUCAAGAGGACCAUCCAAGGGAACAUCGAGUACAGCUGCCCGGCCACCAACGAGUGUGAGAUCACCAAGCGGAGGCGGAAGUCCUGCCAGGCCUGCCGCUUCAUGAAAUGCCUCAAAGUGGGGAUGCUGAAGGAAGGUGUGCGUCUUGACCGAGUGCGUGGAGGCCGCCAGAAAUACAAGCGACGGCUGGACGCGGAGAACAGCCCGUACCUGAGCUUACAGAUUUCCCCACCUGCUAAAAAGCCAUUGACCAAGAUCGUCUCCUACCUGCUGGUGGCUGAGCCAAACAAGCUCUAUGCCAGGCCUCCCCCCGGCAUGCCUGAGGGCGACAUCAAGGCCCUGACCACUCUCUGUGACCUGGCGGACCAAGAGCUCGUGGUCAUCAUCGGCUGGGCCAAGCACAUCCCAGGCUUCUCGAACCUCUCCCUGGGGGACCAGAUGAGCUUGCUGCAGAGCGCCUGGAUGGAGAUCCUCAUCCUGGGCAUCGUGUACCGCUCUCUGCCCUACGACGACAAGCUGGCCUACGCCGAGGACUACGUCAUGGACGAGGAGCACUCCCGCCUGGCGGGGCUGCUGGAGCUCUACCGGGCCAUCCUGCAGCUCGUGCGCAGGUACAAGAAGCUCAAGGUGGAGAAGGAGGAGUUUGUCACGCUCAAGGCCCUGGCCCUGGCCAACUCAGACUCCAUGUACAUCGAGGACCUGGAGGCGGUGCAGAAGCUGCAGGACCUGCUGCACGAGGCCCUGCAGGACUACGAGCUGAGCCAGCGCCACGCGGAGCCGCGGAGGACGGGCCAGCUGCUGCUGACGCUGCCCCUGCUGCGGCAGACGGCCGCCAAGGCCGUGCAGCACUUCUACAGCGUCAAGCUGCAGGGCAAGGUGCCCAUGCACAAACUCUUCCUGGAGAUGCUGGAGGCCAAGGUCUGACGGCCCGGCACUCGGACGGACUCCUGCCUGUGGACAAACGGCCGGCCGGAUGCAGAGACCUCCUCAGCCACCAGCUUCGACCUGCAAGCCCGUGUCAUGGCCACGAGCAGUCCCAGAAGAAGGGGCUACGUGCCUCCCGGCUGCGUGCAGAGGCCUGGGUGUUGGGGGGCGGGGAACGGGGAUGGGAGGGCAGGGCGUGGGGCUCAUCUGUAACUGGCUUUUUCUUUGGUAUGUUUUUCCUCCUCCAUGGGCAGUGCUGAGACUGGAGACCACCGAGGAGGGGCCCUCUCCCCACCAAACCACCCAGAGGCAGCUCAGACAUUUCCACCCUCCCCCACCCCUGGCCUGGUGGGCAGCGCUGGCACCCAGGACGCUGGCACACUCACGUGGGUACCACCUGGAGCUGUUCCUUUCUCAGAGGGCAGGUGUUUGUCCCAGAGGUCCCUCAGGGGGCCCCAGGCCUUCCACAGGCCAGCAGGCCCCUCCCUCCACACGUCCCCUCAGCUCCGCACACACCCAGCUCCCAGCAGGGACUCGCCAUCAGGAGAGCAGCUGCUAGAUUCACGCAUUUUCCUGGGUCCUCGGUAUCCUGUCUCCCUGAACCUGCCUAUCUCUUCUCCCCCAGGAGCCCCCUGCUUCUCCCCGCACCCCCUCAGAGCUCACCGAGACCCUGCUUCAGCAGCCAAGGUGGGGCCCAUGGCUGGAACAGUGUUAGCUCACAGAGAGCUCCCAGGCCCCCCUUUCUCCUGGCCU